CGGGUUGGGUAGUUUGUUUUUUCCCCGAGUUAAAGAGUUUCUGGGCGUGUCCCGCUGUGCCGGGGCCCGCCUCAUCUGCGCCAACACCGCGUUUCUCUGAGGCGGCAGCUGCCUGGUUUGUGGGAGUCUCUUGGCUUCAGGGGCACUGUGGCUACAUUGGUGCUCCGUAGCUCAUUGGUCAGUAACAAAACAUCCCUGGAAACCUCUGCCCAAACUCCUGCUUUCUAUGGAGCCUGGAGCGAGUUCCUUCAGACGCUGAGAAACUGGAAACAAAUAGUAAAACUGGUAUUUGUGCCGCAAGAGUUGAGGCUUUCACACAGGUGGAAUAGAUGAGUGUUCACUGCUGUCUGCUUUGUGAUUUCCUUUGCAAGGAAUAAACAAUACAGAAAUUAACUCACUUUUCAGUUGUUCUGUAGAAGGUAACAAAAUAGGUGGUACAGAACACAGAUGCACUGGCAGUGAAGGCUGCAUAACAGUUUGGGGGUUAUAGUUUUAUGGGGGGGGUUAGUUACUAAAACAUCAACUAUCCUAAACAUUUAAUAAAUACUGCCACAAAUGUAGGAAACAAUAAGAGCUCUGACCUCUACCAAUAUUUUUUCUCCCUUAUGGCGCACCUGUAUGGUGCGACCAGUCCUGCCCAGUUUGCCAGAUGCUGCUCAGGGUGUGCUGUUCUCUACCUAUGUAAAUGGCACUUGCUGUCAGUCUUCAACAUGGCCAAAAUCCAAGUGAGAGAUUUGAGGCCUAAUCCUGCAAACCUUUACUUGCACAUGGCGUCUCAUUUAUUUUGGGUAAACAAACCUAAGAAAAAGUUGCUCAUAGGCAUCUGUACCAGCAUGUGGAGGUACUGGUUUUUCAGUGCAAGUGACAUUUGCAGCCACGGAACAAAUUGCCAUUGUUUCAAAUGGGAGUAGCACUGGGCCCUAACCCAGGGCAGGAAGGUUCACAUCCAGCUAAUCCUGGCUGCUAGAAGCUUAUUUUUAGUUCAGAAUUAUCUGAGGUUCAGCAUGAGCAGCGUGAGGGAGUAUAGACCAGUUCACUGUGCCUCUUUCAGGGAACACCUUCAAAUGAUAUGGGAAAGAAACAAGUGUGCCCACCUCGUCCCCUCCCUCCAGUGCCAAGUGGAAACCAAGAUGAAAUUCCACUCAAUCGUCCCAAAAAAAGGAAACCCAAAGGAAAGACUCCAUUAGAUGGCAUCGUCCAAGCAGCAGUUCGUCGGCAGUCUGAAAGCAGUGAGCCCCUAACUCCUGAACCUCAUGAUGUCCCUCCUCAGAGGAAACGCAAGAAGAAGAAAGUACCGACAGAAUCUGAGACCUCUUUUACCCAGCAAAAUGUUACAUCCCUAUUUCAGAAUGGAAAUGGCAUGGAUGUCCCCGAAACUGAAGAAACAGUAAUCCGCAAACAGAGGAAAAGAACCAAGAAACCUCGGCCAGCUGAAAUGCACUGUUCCAAUGAGCUGGAAGUGGAGGAGGAAGACAUCAUUGAAGAUGAGCACAGAAAAAGCCCAGAUCAGCAGCCUGUGUUUGCUGCUCCCACUGGAAUUAGCCAGCCUGUUAGCAAAGUUUUUGUUGAAAAAAAUCGGCGUUUUCAGGCAGCUGAUCGUGCAGAAUUGAUUAAAACCACUGAAAAUAUCAAUGUACUUUUGGACGUGAAGGCUUCAUGGACUACCAGGGAUGUCGCCCUCUCAGUGCACCGAAGUUUCAGGGUGAUUGGACUCUUUACCCAUGGGUUCCUUGCUGGGUAUGCUGUAUGGAACAUCAUUGUUAUCUACAUUUUGGCAGGAAAUCAGCUUUCCACAGUUUCUAACCUGCUCGAGCAGUAUAAGACACUAGCAUACCCAGCUCAAAGUUUGUUCUAUUUGUUGCUGUCUAUCAGUACAGUCUCAGCUUUUGACAGGAUUGAUCUGGCAAAAGCAUCAGUUGCACUGAGGGGCUUUCUUACCCUAGACCCAGCAGCAGUAGCCUCUUUCUUGUACUUCUCUGCGCUUAUCUUAUCCUUAAGCCAGCAGAUGACAUGUGACAGAAUUAACCUCUACACACCACCUUCGGAAAAUGGCAGCAUCUGGACGCCAGGUACAGAGGAAGAAAUUGUUCAGCCAUGGGUUGUGGUGAACCUGGUAGUGUCUAUUCUAGUUGGGACAAGUUGGAUCUUCUUGUCUUACCGACCUGAGCUAGACCACAGUGAAGAACUGAUGUUUCAUACUGACAUAGAGGAAUUCCCCCAGGGAGAUAUCAUACCCAGAGUCCAGCCAUAGUGUGGAACAAUCAUCUGCAGAUAUUGUAGUUGUGACUGAUGGAUCAACAUGUUGUAUAUUAUGGCCAUGUAUUAUAACUUUCAUAAAGAAAAAGUGUAUUUUUAUAUUGUAUAUAUUUGAUUUUGAUCUUUUUGUGUAUGCUACAACUUCCAAAUGUGAUUGAAAACUUUUAUACUUUUGCUUUUCAUUUUACAAAGGAGAUUAUCUCUAGUGCAUAAAGUCAAGAUGAUUUUGUAAAUAUUGCUACCAAAGAAAGCCAAAGUUUCUUUAGCCAAAGAAACUAAAUGGAUGCAGAACAUCAGGUAUUCAGUGUUUUUUUGACUGCUGUUCAGUCUUCAACAACCUGCUUUUGUUACUAAUGCUGAUAGCAGUUGGUUUACCUGAUUUGGCUAAAUAUUGUCUAGAGAUUAAAACAAAUCUUACAAAGAAAGUAGUCUAAAGAAGAUUCUAACAAAACAGUUAGGAAACA